UAAUCGGCACGAGCGGACGAUGAAAAAUCGGUCAGUUGAUCACUGUGGUGACCGUGUGGCACGAGGGACUGUCGCGCAACUUCACAUGUCAUCGGUGCCACGGCGCAUACGUCGGCGCAACGUCGACGAACAUCACCGGGUCGGAGCAAACCGCGUUCGAAAGCGUUGAUUAUACGGGGAAACACGCACACACGGUGGUGAUCGCCGCAGCGAGUUCGGAUCGCGACUGAAUUUUCACAUUUGAAUUUACGAAGAAACCGACAACGAUGGCGCCGAAACAGAGGAUGCGCAUCGCCAACGAGAAGGCGACAAAAAACAUAACAUUACGAGGAAACGUCCCCAAAUCAUCGAAAUCGCAAGAAGAAGGGUCGCCUGUUGGACCUUGGCUCUUAGCUCUAUUUCUCUUUGUUGUUUGCGGAUCUGCUGUGUUUCAAAUUAUCCAGAGUAUCAGGAUGGCUUGAAGAUAAGAAGAAGAAAAAAGCGGCUCUGUUAAUAUUUACAAUUAAUAGCAAACCACCAUUUAUACAACUCACUCUGAUAUGAAAAAAAGAGACUGACAGACUGUUCUGAUGUAAAUUCUUCAAAACCUACAAAAAAAAAAAAAAAAGAAAAAAGAGAAGA